UUAACUGCGUCUUUUUAAUGGAACUUAAUAUAACGCAAAACCGCAUUCCUGAUUGCGACAAAUUUCCUAAAUACAUCACCUUGGCCUCAGUUAGCUAUUUGCGCAGUUUUUUUGGAAGAUAACCAGACAACAACAGACUCUAGCAAACUGUCGCUGUGCAUUCUGGGACUUACUGUUUGUGCCACAUGAACGUUUAGAACGACAACUUUGUACAGUCAAACCGUCAGACUGAGCCGCAAAGCAAGUCAAGUAGCCGCAAGAACUGCACUCUCUUCGCUUUCAGGAUGUUUUCCCGGGUCUCUUAUUCAAUAUCUGGAUACCGUCCGGUGGACCUUAACCGCAGACUUUGGAAAUAAUUCCUAUUUGGGAAACUUCGGCGGCUCCAAAGCUAAUAAAGAAUAGUUAGUUAAGCGAACCGUGGCGAAGAUUAGCUAACUAAGCUAACAACCAUAUUCAGUGACAGGAAGAGAGUGCGCUUUUCUGCAGGUUUAUUUGAACCCAGAGACUACUUUCAGCUCUUUAACAAUGCUCUAGGUCUCUAUAACCAGCUUGCGUAGUUUGGGACAUCUAUAUGGCUUUAAAAAGCUACUAUGGAGUACUGCAACGCGGAUCACAAUAAGUAUAAUUUGUUUUGGGGGUUGAGAUCAGUGCUGUUAUCAGUUGUGGGAGAUUGCUUUCGCCGUUCCCUGACUAAACGCAUACUAUGAGGUUGCCAGGGUAUUUCUCAGAGGAGGUGUGUUAAGCUGUGAUCGUCGUUUUCAUUUGCAAAGGAUGUCCGACUUUGAGAGUUCCAGUUCAUAUUUUGGUCUGGAGGAUCCGCAGUGGCUAUGCAUGGUCACACUUUUCUUCGCAUCCCUGGUUACUCUAAUACUGUAUUUCGUACAGUAUUUCCAAAAGGGGCGUGUAUUAAGUAGGCAGACAGCAGCAGAGGACAAUGCGGCGAAGGAGGAAGCCGCGGCUCUGCUGGGAUGGGCGCUGUCACUAAAAAGCUGGAAAAGCCAGUGGAGAGGAGCUUGGUGCAGGGCUUUGAAUGACCAAUCAAGGAAGCGUGGGAGUCCUGUUCUGUUGACAUUUGAAGAGGACGAUCUUGAGACAUCUGAGCUCAUGGUCAGCCAAGUGUCCAGCUUUCAGAAGUCUGCCAGAAACAAGGCCGCUUGCUGCAGUGUUGUUGGGGAGAAGCUUCAGUUCUCUCUCAGUGCAUCAUCGGCAGCCAUGGCUACAGCGGAUCCUUGUAAAUACACAGUCUGUAUAGCUCCACUGGAGCUGCAGCUCAACCUACAGAUGCAGGAAGCUGAAGAUGAGGUCAAGGUGAGCUGGGGAGUGUCUCACCUGGACACGGGGGAGCUGCAGGUGACGCCAACCUUCACCCAGGACAAUGCCAACACUUCCAGUGUAGCAGCCAUAAAGGAGCAGUUGAGGCGGCUGUUGUGCGCGACGCGUCCCUCUGUGUUGCUGAGCUGCAGGCCCGCUCAGGCCUCAGAGGUCAAGGAAGCACGGAACAACAUGGCUUCACCCCCGAAACCCCCCCGCGCCCACGACUGGAAGCUGCUGGUGAAGAACAUCCGGGUGACACUGAAUCAGGAGGAGGAUGCUGCAGGCAGCAUGAAUCCUAUGUGUGCAAUGCAGUUGGACGAUCCUCCACAGAAGUUUAACACCUCGGUUUUAAAGAACACAACCAAUCCUGGUUGGGACCAGCCGUUUAUCUUUGAGUUGAAUGGACGAUCAAAAGAGCUCAAUAUUCAGUUAAUGAAUGACGGCCAACCUCAAGAGAGUUCAUUACUUGGUCGGGUGUCAGUUCCUUUUGAUCUUGUAAAGAAGCAGCCCAAAGGACAGCAAACAUUUGCACUCAUGACCAAAGACGUAGUGACUGGAUCACUUACUACUGAUUUUACCUACCUGGAGCCCAGUGAGGUGAGGUCCUGGCACCCCCCGACACCAGCCUCCAAUAAGAGGGUGGAGAUGGACCGUACAGUCAUGCCCUGUGGCACGGUGGUCACCACCAUCACCGCAGUGAAGAGCAAGCCGGGUCGACCACCCUCUCUUGGACUCAACAUAGAUCCUGCCCAGAAAGCGGUGGCCAACAAGCCCAAGCUGUCAGAGCGCCGUGUGUCAGAGCAGGCGUCUAUGCUGGGGGCCACAGUCAGCAAGGCCUUGUCCUCUUCUGAUACUGAGCUGCUGAUGCUCAAUGGCACGGACCCUGUGGCCGAGGCCGCCAUCAGACAACUCCACCAGUCUGCCAAGCAGAAGCUCAAGUCCCCAGUGAAGAAGAGUACCAUCAUCAUCUCCGGCAUUGCCAAAACGCCGUUGUCUCAGGAUGACGAGCUAGCUCUGAUGGCGGGCUACGCUGCAGCGAUGGACGCCUCGAUGUCUGAGGGCAGCUCCACUCAGGAUGUGACCGGGGCACUUGCAACAGGGACCAGUAGUCCUCCAGACAUGUCCGAGCCCCAGGAAGGCCCCAGUGGAAUGGGCCGGCCUCCAGAGGACUGGGAGAGCCAAACCGGAGAGGAACUAGACCAUUCCUCGCUAUCCAUGUGUGUGUCUGAGGCAAGCUGCAAGAAGAGAAGAGGCAGCUUCCUCCAGAAGGGUGCCAAGCUCUUCUUCCGGCGGCGGCACCAGCGCAAGGACCCGGGGAUGAGCCAGUCGCACAAUGACCUGGUUUACCUGGAGUCUCCGGCCGCCGUGGAGCGGGCCAGUCGAACGGCCACGCUUAGCCGCAUGCUCACCCGCAAGAGUAAGAAUAAGAGCAAAGCUAACGGCUCUACCUCCAUGGGGGAGCCACAUGCGUGACCCCCCCCCCCCCCCCUCUCCCUUCUCACCUUAGUCCCUCCUACAACAACUACCAUCACCACCACAAAACUUACACUGGCAAACUUCCUGGCUAACUUCCUCCCCUGAAUGUCCGACCUGCGUCUUUAGGGAGUCCUGCAUUGUAGAUGGGGAAUCAUCUUUUACUGCCGUUUCCUGCUUCCUAUAAGAAGCAGAUAUUCCACCAACAGCAAGUUGCCCAGUGUGUGCAUGUGUGAAUGAAAGUCUAUUGACACUUCCAAGAAUAUUAUUUUGCAUGUACCUUUUUUAUCUAAUUUUAUGCAACAUUUUAAAAUAUUUAAGUGCUUUUGUGGCCUUGUUACAGACCGAAGGGACUGGCGUGCCUCACUGACUCUGAUACCUCUUUCACACCAAUGACCCCCGGGGCGGACCAGGGUUUUCUGACCCAUGUUCAGCCCUUCUUUUGUCAAUUCAAACCAAGCCAGUCAACAGGGGUUGGUCCUUGUUCAUGAUAUUUCAGAUACGACCCAGACGAUGCACACCAAAUAGUCCAGGUGCUGGAAAUGGGCGGGGCGGUUUACACUCGAAUAGUGCGUUCCAUUUGUACUCGGAAGUCGGAUUUUCUGAGGUCAAAGUCAGAAAUCCCCUGACCUCGGUUUUCCGAGCUUGGAACUCGGACAACCACAGAGUACCCCGAGCAAAAAAUCCAACGAGGCCGCUCCGUGCAUCAGCAGCAGUGAAAGCUGUAUGAACAUACAGUUAUUAGCACAUCUGUCUUAUUUGUGUCUCACUAAAUCGGUCGUACACACACUGUCCUGUCCAUCUGUGGACAUGUUGUUAAGCUGUUUGUAUGCACAAAAAAACAGCGUAAUGCGUUGUUAUCAACUGGCAUUACUAACAAUGGCUAACCUGGCUAGAGCUAAUGAAAACAAUGAAAAUCUGACCUGUAAAUGGGACGCAUUCAACUCUGCUGUGACAUCAUUCCCAGCUUCGGCUUCCUGAGUUCCGAGGUAAAUGGAACGCACUCUUAUUCGGUGAACGGCUAAUGUUGUCACGUACUCUAGUCCAGCUAUACACCACCAGAACCAGUGCAAGAGAGACAGUGCUGUGGAUGGGGGAAUUCAGAUAAAACAACCCCCCCCCCCCCAAUUUCCAACCAUUGAUAUAAUUUGUCCCGUCCCAGCUGUUAGCGACCCUGGUCGUGUGCAGUCGAUGGACGCGGGUUAACCCUUUCAAACCCAAAGUCAGCCGUGGUGGAGCCCUCUGUGUGAAAGGGGUGUGAGGGUGAAGAGUAAACUCUCCCUGUUGCAAUCUGCGAACUUCCUCCAGCGGACCAACAGGACCAAAGAUGAAGAGAAGGGUGGUAUUUGUAUGAUUUGCACAAUUUUAGUAUCUAUAUUUAAAGUGCAAUGACAGGAGCUACUCUUGUUGUAGAGAUUUGUGGUAAAAAAAAAAAAAGAGAAGAAAAACAUUCACAGAGGGAGAUGAUCACAACCGGUAACCCGAAUACUUUUUGACACUAAAGCUAUGAAAUAGGGUAUUUAUAUCACUUCAUUUAAAACCCUUGUAAUUUUAUUGAACAUUAAACAAGGUUGGGU